UAAUUAUUGACACCAAUUUAGUGUAAUUUCAUGGCUAUGAUCGCACAAAUUUCCCGAAAUAAAUGACAAGUUUCCUGUUUGAAUCUAGUACAAAUUUUGGCGUUCGGACUAUCGCACUCAAACUGUUCCAACAAUGAAACCAAUAUUAUGGUCUUACAUCGGAGUACUUUUAAUCAAUGAAGGCCUGUGUUGCAUAUUUUUGAGAUUAAACGAAGGAGUGAUUAAAGGACGCAUUGCCACAGUUCCGAAAAGUACUAAACAAUUUUACGCUUUUCAAGAAAUUCCAUACGCAGCUCCGCCAAUUGGAAAAUUACGUUUUCAGCCUCCGGUACCAGUUUCAGGAUGGGAUAAGGUUUUAGACACAACAAAAAACACAAAAAUUUGUUACCAAAUUGGUAUUAAUUCGACACAGGAAAACGAAGACUGUCUUUACUUAAAUGUUUAUACUCCAAAAUUGCCGUCUAGUACCAGCAGUACUUCGUUGCCAGUCAUGGUUUUUUUCCACGGUGGGGCAUUUGCCAUCGGAGACUCGAAAUAUUCGUCAUACGGACCCCAAUUUCUCGUAAACCAUGAAGUGGUUUUAGUAACUUUAAACUACCGACUUGGGGUUUUUGGUUUUUUGUCAACACAAGACAAAGUUAUCCCUGGCAACAAUGGUCUUAAAGACCAACUGCUGGCCCUACAAUGGGUCAGGAAAAAUAUUCACUUAUUUGGGGGAAAUUCGUCACAAGUUACGAUUUUUGGGCAAAGUGCUGGCGCUGCCUCAGUUGGUUAUCAUCUAGUUAGCGAAAAAUCAAGAGGGUUGUACCGAGCUGCUAUUAUGGAAAGUAGUUCGGUGCUAAAUUCGUUCGGUUAUCAGAGAAAUGCCAAACACUUUGCGCAAAAAAUCGCCUCUUAUAUUAAUGCUAGUGUAACUGAAGAAGCGACUUCUGGAGAAAUUUACGGUGUUAUGCUUCGUGCUUCAUCUACGGAAAUUGACGCAGCGGCUGAUAAAAUAGCGUCUGAGGAAAGUUACAACAGCGCUCAGUUAUUUCAAGGCUACUAUUUUGCACCUGUUAUCGAACCAGAUCAUGAAAAUGCGUUCUUAACUGAAAAAAUGUUCAAAAUUUUAGACAGAGGAGGCGGUGCUAAAGUUCCAGUUAUUGUGGGCAUAAAUUCUGAAGAAAGUUUGAGUCGAAACACAGAUAUCAAUUUUUUGAAACGUCUGAUGAAACUAUAUGACGACGAUUUGAAAGCUCUUGUUCCAAAUAAUAUGAACAGUGUUGACGAAAAUGCCAAAGUGGAGGCAGGCAAACUUAUACGCAAGUUGUACAGUGGUGAAGAUUUGUUACAAAAUGUUGCAGCAGCUGGAAUAAGAUACAUGAGCGAUACGUCGUUUACAAGAGCGGUAAUUAAAUUUGCUUUAUUACAGUCUAAAUAUUCCGAUGUCUACUUUUACCAAUUCUCAUAUGAUGGUCAAGUAGGCAAUAUUUCUGUAACAGUUGAAGGGGCUGAACGUGUAGGUCAUAAUGAGGAACUUUCAUAUCUUUGGCGAAUUCGAACCGAAGCAACUAAUAAUGAUUUGUCAGCUUUUAGUCAAAAUGAUUUUACAACACAACAUCGCUUGCUCAAACUUUGGACUAAUUUUGCAAAAACUUUAAAUCCAACACCUGAGAAAACUGAACUUUUCCAAAAUGUUAUUUGGCCGAAAGUAUUACCAGACAACGAUUUUCCGUAUCUAGAUAUCGACGAAAAUUUACAAGUAAAGAAUUAUCCAAAGAACGAAAGUUUCAGGGGGUGGGAAAGGAUAUACGAACAAUAUGGAAACGGAAACUACGAUACAUAUUAAUUCUUUACUUGUGUAUAUUUACAAAUGUUUUUUAUUUCAGUAAUAAAAGUUUAUGUCGUUGA